CUCAGUUGCAGUUUGCUGAGCGUCCAGCAGAGGUCAGCCAUGCCACACAUCAACACCACCGAACUGCAGUCGCUCCUGCUCUCCCUCCUGCAGCACUGCCUCAACAGCACAAGCAUGCUGCCGCCGCCGAUACCUCAGAACUACACUACCCAGCAGGCUGUGCACCACAUGGCUGGAUCCAGGGCCCACACUGAGUCUCAGGGCAUGAUGUAUAUCCUCCUGGUGGUUGGCAUGUUCAGUUUCUUCACAUUCGGCAUCAUGCUCAGCUACAUCCGCUCCAAGAAGCUGGAGAGCUCUCAGGAUCCGUACCACCAGUACAUCGCCCACGACUGGACCAAGGUGAUGACUCCGUCCAGGGCCGUUGCUCAGGCGCUGCAAGCUGCAGGUGACGGAGCCAGUGGCAAGGAGCCCAUCGUCAUCUGCAACCCUGCGACACUGGAGCAGCUGCCAGACUAG